UCGCACCCAAUUCUUUAUUUAUAGUUUUAGGAUAAGAAUGAGCAGUGACAGCCAUUUUAGAGAAUGAAACUAGCGAGCUAUUUUAAGCUUAGUGGACACUCAAUAUAUAAAGAAGAAUUAGCUGGCAACACAACAACAUGAAGAAAAUAUGCAGCAGUCUCAUGAUCACGAUCACCUCUCUGAUGGCGGCAGUGAUUCUCCACCACCUCAUUAUAAUUUCUUCAUUUUCUAAUUCUAUUUCUAUGGCCGCAGCAGCAGCCGCCAUACCCAAUUUUAAUAAUAAUAAUAAUAAUAAUAUUGGCGCCGACCAGUCCGCUCUCCUCGCCCUGAAAUCCCACGUCACUUCCGACCCCUUUCACAUCCUCGAAAAUAACUGGACGGGUGGCACUACUCAUGACGUGGUCUGCAGUUGGGUCGGAGUUACCUGCGGCCUCCGCCAUCGACGAGUCACCUCCCUGGACCUCAAUAGCAUGGGUCUCGUCGGCACCAUCCCCCCGCAAAUGGGUAAUCUGACGUUCCUCCUACGCCUCGAUCUCUCCAACAAUAGCUUCCACGGGACCCUGCCCGAGGAGAUGGCCCGGCUCCGGCGACUGAAGUAUGUCAGCGUCGCCUAUAAUGGUUUUGCCGAGAAAGUACCGCUGUGGCUGGGAAACUGUACGGAUAUUGAACAAGUCUUAUUUCAGAAUAAUAGCUUCUCAGGAUUAAUUCCGCAAGAGAUUGGGAAAUUGCAGAAGCUGAAGGUGUUGAAUAUAGGGCAUAAUCAACUGACGGGUUCAAUUCCGUUGUCUCUCUUCAACGUCUCGACCUUACAAGCUAUUAUACUGAAUGAUAAUGACCUGUCUGGCGAGCUUCCUGCAGAUUUCUGCCACUAUCUUCCCGACCUGGAAAACCUCUUCUUGUCUUUGAACCAGUUAGAGGGACCAAUCCCGUCCUCCAUAGGCAGUUGCUCCAAGCUUUUGCUACUUCGUCUCUCGCGCAAUUUAUUCGUCGGCCAGAUUCCCGACACAAUAGGAAACUUGACCAACCUUCAGGUUAUCAGUAUUAGCUCUAAUAGUUUGACAGGUCCAAUUCCACAUGAGAUGAGACAACUUGUCAAUUUGGAACAACUGAAUCUUUGGCGCAAUGGUCUCACUGGACCUAUUCCAAAUGAUAUUUGGAAUUCUUACUCUCUCUAUUAUGUAGAUCUUAGUGAGAAUAACUUGACCGGUGCUAUCCCGGAGGAACUUGGCAGGCUUCAUAAUUUAGAGACAUUGCAAAUGGAUACUAAUAAACUAACUGGUUCUAUUCCUCAAUCAAUAUUCAACUCCUCCAAAUUGCUUACACUUUCAUUUGCCAGCAACCAACUUUCUGGUGGCAAUCUGCCACCAAAUUUAGGCCUUUCUGCCCCCAAUCUUGAAGAGAUAUAUUUGGGCGGAAAUCAGUUCAAUGGUGUCAUCCCAAACUCCAUCUCCAAUGCUUCAAAUCUGAUGAUUCUAGAUCUAUCUGAAAAUCAGUUCAGCGGUCCAAUUCCUAGCUCACUUGGAGAUUUGAGGCUACUUCAACUUUUACUCUUGCAUGAUAACAACUUUACUGGAGACCCUUCUUCUCCCGGGUUAAAAUUCCUAGUGUCUUUGACAAACUGUAGGAAUUUAAUUACUCUAUCGAUAGGCAUAAAUCCUCUCAAUGGAAUCCUCCCAUCUUCCAUUGGCAACCUCUCCACGUCUCUCAAAACCUUUUAUUUCUAUGAUUCGGGAAUUAUGGGCAAGAUCCCUCCAGAAAUUGGUAACUUAACCAGAUUAGAGUCUUUAUCUUUUUCCAACAACAAGCUUACAGGUUCACUUCCGGAGACUCUACAGGAACUAAGAAACCUCCAAGGCUUGAGAGCCGAUAAAAACAGGUUACAAGGAUCCAUCCCCAAUUGGAUUUGUGAUUUAUGGCAGUUAAGUUUACUACAGUUAGCUGACAACGACUUUUCUGGCCCGUUGCCGGCUUGUUUGGCAAAUAUUAGCUCUCUUAGGCAAUUCUAUGUAUAUUCAAAUAGACUAGUUUCCGACAUUCCUUCAGACAUUUUUAGUCUUGCCGACCUUUUGGUGCUUGAUCUCUCAAACAAUUCAUUUAAUGGGCAUCUGUCCCCUGAUAUUGGGAACCUAAAAGCUGCUAUAACUAUAGACUUAUCCUAUAACAAACUUUCGGGCGAAUUGCCGGACACAAUUGAAGGCCUAACGAACUUGAUUAAUCUUUAUUUAUCAUAUAACAAAUUCCAAGGACUUAUUCCGGAGUCACUUGGUAAGAUGCUGAGUUUGGAAAACCUAGAUCUAUCCGAAAACGAACUUUCAGGUGCUAUUCCCAAAUCUGUGGAGGCGCUUGUUUAUCUCAAGUCCUUUAAUGUUUCUUUCAAUCACUUGAGAGGAGAAAUUCCUUCAAAAGGGCCUUUCCUAAACUUCAGUAAUGCGUCGUUUAUGGGAAAUGAAGCAUUAUGCGGAUCUUCCAUCCUGCAACUUCAAUACCCUCCAUGCCCGACCAGUUCUCCUCGGAAGAAAAAACACACACAUCUUAUUAUUCUAUACAUUCUAUUGCCAAUUGGGGUGGUGGUGGUGUUGUUUAUCGUUUUCUUAGUAGUGCUUAGAACACGGUCUCAAUGGUCAAAGAAAAAGACUGAUCAGCAAGGUGGUCUCCCAUCACCUCUAAAGCCUUUCGAAAGGAUAUCGUACGAUAACCUGUUUCGUGCCACCGAAGGAUUCAGUCACAGCAACUUGAUCGGAGUUGGCGGGUAUUCUUCUGUGUAUAAAGGGCUGCACAGGGACGGAACCACUAUAGCUGUAAAGGUAUUCGACCUGAAGGUGGAAGGGGGUUUUAAGAGCUUUGAUACCGAAUGCGAGGUGUUGAAAAGCAUUCAACACCGAAAUAUUGUGGGAGUGUUGACUAGUUGUUCUAGACCCGAUUUCAAGGCACUUGUGUUGGAAUACAUGCCUAAUGGGAGUCUUGAUAAGUGGCUGUACUCUCACAACUAUUUCUUGGAUACGUUGAAGAGACUUGAUAUAAUGAUCGAUGUGGCUUGUGCUUUGGAAUAUCUGCAUUACGGGUUUAUAAGUCCUUUGGCACACUGUGAUUUGAAGCCGGGGAAUGUUCUUCUCGACCAAGACAUGGUUGGUCAUGUGAGCGACUUUGGCAUUUCUAAGCUUUUAAGUGGGGAUGAUAGUAUUGCUCAAACCAGGACACUGGCUACAAUCGGAUAUAUUGCUCCAGAAUAUGGGAGGGAAGGUUUGGUUUCCAUAAAAUGCGAUGUGUACAGCUAUGGAAUCAUGCUAAUGGAAACAUUCACAAGAACCAGGCCAACAGAUGAGAGGUUUGAUGAGGAUGAAAGGGAGGGAGGGUUAAGUUUGAAGAAGUGGGUGAAGGAUUCUUCGGUAGAGGAGAUAAUAGAUGCCAAUUUGGUGAGGAUGGAGGAAAAGAACAUAAAUGGUAAUCUCAAAUGUGUAUCAGCCAUCAUGGAUUUGGCUUUGGCUUGCUCUGCUGAAUCUCCCGGAGAGAGGGUCGACAUCAAAUUGGUCCUGACGACUCUGAGGAAGAUCAGGCUGAUGUUUCUUGGCUAAAUCUGAACAUUAAACUUUGAUGAGAGAUUGAUGGAUGUGUGAGUUCAAUUAAUAACACUAUUUAAGUCAUGUUUCAAUAUUUCCUUCUUUUUUUUCGUGUAAAAUGUCUUCUAAGAUUUAUUAUGAAUAUUGUAUUGUAUGUUUUUAUUAAAAAUCGUAAUUAUACAAAAUUAC